GUGUGGUCUGUGUGUUUGGGGAUGGGUAGAGGUUGAAGGGAUUAGAGGAAGUAAAAGCGCGGAAAACAAGACUGAUGAUGUCUCCAGUGCUGGGUGUGUCCUUCUUGGCCCUGGUCCUAUCAGGAGGAGCCUGGGCGUUUCCUCCCAUUGGGGGCGGAGCCUCCUCCCACGUCAGCAUCACAGAAAAAGCCGUGCUACAGAAGGUCACAGAGGUGUGCCGAGCCAUUGCAGAGUCAGAGGGACGAGACUUCACCCCCACGGGUAACUCUGCUGAGGAGCUGGUCCAGGCCUGCCUGGGACCCAAAGCAACAGGUGAAGUGUCAGCAGCUAAGUUCAAAUCUGCCCUGAAUGAGAUCUACAUACAGAACGGACAGGUGGACAGAGACUUUGUCAACAGCCCAGCCCAUCACUUCAACUCAGAGGCGUUUGCUCUGGGCCGGCGCCUUAUAACUGACGGGGUGGCCAGCAUCAAGGCCAACGUACAAAAGGAGAACUUCCUGGCUGCCAGAGAGACACUGGGGAGAGUACUACACACACUACAGGACUUCUACAGCCACAGUAACUGGGUGGACCUGGGAUACACUGAACCCUACGCCAACCUGAUCCGCCCCGAUCUCCCACUGGAAAACCUGGCAGAUGUUAAAACCCCGACCUGCAGUGAUUGUGCCAAUGGAGGGUUCUGUUCCAACUCCAUCCUGCCUAACAUCCUUAAUGAGAAGAAACUCACCUCUGGGUACAUGGGGAUCUUGUCCUCAGCUAAGCCUAAAGGUAAGUGUAGUCAUGGCGGUGCAGCUGACCUAACCAGCUCCAAGGCUCCUCGUGGGGGCAUCAGCAAGGAUGAGCGUCGCUCUGACAACGUGGCCCUGCACACCGCUGCUGUCACUGUGGCAACUACCGCAACCCUCCAGCUGCUGGAUGACAUCCGGGGCGCCGCCGGUGACAACAACUACCUACGCUUCAUGGGCAUAGCACGUUCGUCAGUGGUUGUUUUUGUGAUCGACACCACGGGGAGCAUGAGUAAUGAUAUCCUUGAAGCCAAGAGAGUCGUCAAUGAGAUCAUCGACAGCAAGAAGGGAACGCAGGACGAGCCCUCCCAGUACAUCCUGGUCCCAUUCAACGACCCAGAGUUUGGACCCCUGAUAAAAACGACAAACCCUAAUGUUAUGAAAGCAGAGAUCGCUAACCUCACGGCUAAUGGAGGUGGAGACCUCCCUGAGAUGUGCCUAUCAGGGCUCCAGUUGGCGCUGACCGGUGCCCCUGCGUCGUCCAACAUCUAUGUUUUCACAGAUGCCGUUGCCAAGGACAUUGAAUUAAAGGAAACGAUCGUGGCCCUGAUCAGGAGCACCAAGUCAACCGUGUCUUUCUUCAUGACUGGUGAUGGUGCUGGUGCUAGAAGGAGGAGAAGUGGAGUAGAGUCCAGGGCAGCUACAUUCCAGACCUACAAGGACCUGGCGCUGGCGUCUGGUGGUCAGGCCAUUGGAGUCACCAAGGAAAAUCUGCCCCAGGCCACUGACGUCAUCAUCGACUCCUCCACCUCCGCUCUGGUGACAGUCCUACAGCGAGCGAGGAACCCAGGCAAAGCUGAGACAUUCUCCUUCCUGCUGGACGAGUCUCUGAACAACAUCACCAUCUACAUCACUGGAAAUACCAUCACCUUCACCCUGAAGAACCCUGCAGGUGUGACCCAGAAACAGAACGAGGCCAACGGGGAACUGGGGACUGUCCAGACGGUGGGAAACCUCUUCCGGGUCCGUCUGGCCUCCAACAAACAGACAGGAUUAUGGGAAAUCAGCAUGAACUCCAACCAGCCAUACACACUGACGGUCACUGGUCAGAGUACCAUUGCCUUAAUUUAUGACUUUGUGGAGACCUUCGAGGGACCUCACCCAGGAUACGCCCUCAUCUCUGGCCGUCCACAAGCAGGUAUGCCUGCCAUGUUGUUGGUAUCCGUGUUGGGCAGAAAGGGCCCAGCCUCUGUCAAGGUGGCUGACAUUGCCUUGGUGACAGUGUCAGGGUCAGAGGUCGUAGGCGGGGCCCUGGAAGACAUGGGCAACGGGAAGUUCCUAGUUACGGUAACCAAGGUCCCUGCGGGGGAGUUUGUGGUGCUGUUGAACGGGACAGACGUGGUCUCCUCCACCGUGUUCCAGAGACAGUCCACCACUCAGAUGUCCGUCUCCAAGGUUACCAUCAAGGCCGUGGUGGACAGAAGCAUGGAGCCUGGUAAACCCUUCACCCUUCCCUUCACCGUCAUGACCGACGCCACUGGAGGCAGCUACAAAAUCAGUGCCAGAAACGACAGAGACUUCGAAAUGAACGUCCCCGGCAGCAUCGCUGUGACCACCGGUGGAAACGCCACCGGUGACCUGACCAUCACGGUGCCCGCCAACACACCCUCAGGAACAGACGUCACCCUGACCAUCGAGGCUGUGGCCCCCGGGGCUUCCGACUCCAACUACGCCGUCCUGCGCCUCUCUGUUGUCACCAAGGUGACAGAUUUCACCCCUCCCCAGUGUGAGAUGGUUCUCACCUCGUCAGUCGACUGCCCAGCUGACCCAGCAGGCUGCAGCUCCGCCUUCUGGCAGCUCUCUGCCAACCUGACCGACGGUGUCAAUGGCACAGGCAUCGCCAGCCUCACACACCGCCAGGGAGCGGGCAGCCUCACCCACACGGACCUGAAGCAGGCGGUUGUUGCAGCAGCGUUCAACGCUUCGUGUUGCUCUCUGACAGUGGAGCUGGUGGCGGUGGACAGAGCCAUGAAUGUCGGCACCUGUCGGGUUUCCAUCGUCCGCAACGCGGGCCCGCCCUCCAUCGCUCUGUCCCUCCCACUGUUGGUGUGUCUGCUGGUCUCUGCCUUCUUCACUACGUCCUUCACUGACUUACUUAUCUGAUUUUAACCUCAUGGACUGACUGACUGCCAACCUUAAACUUAAAGAAGAUACAUUUCUCAACCAAAUUUCUAUGUUUGAUGUAAAUGGCAUGUUAUAGAAGGGUUCAGAAUACCUGUUUUGUGAUUUCACCUGUUUUUGAGAACUUAUCCCAAAUAGCAGAUCACUUCCUCAUCCUCGUUGUGUAGUACGAGGCUCUGAAAGAACAUGAAGAAAGGCUCCAAAAACACCCAGACACGUCCUUUUAGAAACGGCAAAUAUCUCAGUAUAGUGAUGCAGGUCUUUAGAUGUUGUACACAUGAAAUUGUGCCUUUCAGAACUUUAUCCUCAAUAUUAUAUUCCUUUUUUGCGCCACUCGAGACGUUUCCCCUCCUAUAUCGGGUGCUUUGCCUUAACUUUCUGAAAACAGCGUUUUAUCCUUUCGACAGGAGGGGAUUUUGUUUUUUUCAAACUUUCUUUAUUUCAUCAAACGAUGAUGAAAAUUUUUUUUUUUUAACAUAAAUGAUGAUUGCCGAAUAAUGUUGAAGGUAUACGGGGCACGUGAUGUUAUCACUUCACCAUAAAGCUCCCCUCUACACGUGAUGUUAUCACUUCACCAUAAAGCUCCCCUCUACACGUGAUGUUAUCACUUCACCAUAAAGCUC